AUGAAAGCUUCAGGUAUUUUAUCCUUAUUUUUAGUUGCAGCUACAGUUUCUGCUCAAACAGACGAUUACCAAAUUGACGGAGGUAUCGCCAAGAGAGCGGCAUCUUCAUCAUCCUCGAAGAAGAAUUCAACUAGUUCCGGUUCCAGUGCUAAAUCGAGUGCUAAAUCGAGUGCAAAAUCCAGUGCUAAAGCCAGUGCUUCAAGCUCUGCUGCAAAGACCAGGUCUAGCAGUAGUAGUACAUCUAGUAGUUCUACUUCCAGUAGCUCCACUGCAGGUUCAAAUUCAAAUGGAAUAGGUUAUGGUGCUAUUGGUGUUAUCGCAGGCUGCUUAUUACUUUAA